AUGACACAAAGCCCAAUAGCCAAGCGUGCAGCCAAUGAUGAAGCUACGUUACGAAAACGUAUCGCCUCGAUAAUUAAACAAGAUACUGGGGAUAUUACUUCACUUUCAGUGCAAGCCAUAGUUUGCCCAACCAACUCUGCAUUACAACCUGGUGGAGGACAUACAGUAAGUGGCCAGGUUCAUGCCAAGGGCGGUCCUAUGCUAACAGAAGCAUGUCGGCAAUUACAUGGUUGUCAACCAGGGGAAGCGAGGUUGACCAAAGGUUUUUUGCUUCCUGCCAAAUAUGUCAUCCACACGGUUGGUUCAAGGAACAAUGAAAAGCAAGUCUUGGCAAAUUGCUAUCGCCAUUGUUUAGAGCUAUGUCAGCAUCACAGGAUUCGCACCGUAGCCAUCCCAUGCAUAGCAACGGGAGCUUUUAGUUUUGACCCUGAAGAUGCUUGCAAGAUUGCAUUGAGUGUUGUACGUGCCUUUUUGAUGAUGGAUAUUGCAUUUGGACGUAAUUCGUUUGAUCGCAUCAUUUUCAGCACAUUUUCCAGUAACGAUACCAACGUGUAUCGAGAACUACUCCCAAUCUAUUUCCCUGGAUACUCUUGA